CUUGACAAAAAUGGCCUGCUGGAAUUCUCUGAUCCCAAGAGUUAUUUUUGUUAGCCUUUUCAUUACACUUUUCACGUCCACUCCAGGGAAAACAGAACCCUUGGCAUGUCCAUUGCCACCUGAACUCGCAGACAGGGUUCAUGUCGAUCCUGCCGCCAUAGAAUCAGCCUCUACCGAUUACGGUAACAUAGUCCAUAACAAACCAGCUGCCGUUCUUUACCCAUCAUCCGUUCAAGAUAUCUCCAGUCUAAUUGAAGCCUCCUUCACUUGUUCAACACCGUUUGGAAUAUCCUCUAGGGGCAAUGGCCAUAGUACCCAUGGACAGGACAUGGCUAACAAUGGGGUGGUGGUGGACAUGAAGGGUUUAAGGGAACAGAAGAAAAGAGAUAGGAUUUUUAUCUCUAAACGCCCUUUGUUUGCUGAUGUUGGAGGUGAGCAGCUAUGGAUUGAUGUGCUAAAUGCAACAGUGAAAGAAGGGCUUGCACCUGUUUCAUGGACUGACUUUUUGGAACUAAGCGUUGGUGGGACUCUUUCUAAUGCUGGAAUCAGUGGGCAAACGUUUCGUUUUGGUCCUCAGAUUAGCAACGUUUAUGAACUGGAUGUUGUCACUGGAAAAGGAGAGCUCGUGACCUGCUCCGCAAAUAACAACUCUGAGCUGUUCUAUGGGGUCUUGGGCGGCUUAGGCCAGUUUGGGAUUAUAACCAGAGCAAGGAUUGCCCUAGGCCUUGCUUUCAAAAGGGUUCUGUGGGCCCAAAUACUUUACAGUAAUUUCUCAGCUUUUACCAUAGACCAAGAACAUUUUAUUGCAACUCAUGGAAGGAGACCAGGCAAUGAUAUAAGUUACUUGGAAGGUGGACUUGUAUUGGACAAUGGUACUCCUAAUACUUGGAGAACAUUCUUUUUCCCAGCGGCAGAUCUCCCCAAAAUUUCAUCCCUAGUAAAACAACAUGGCAUCAUCUACAGUCUAGAAAUAGCCCGCAGCUAUGAGGAUCUCACCGAGAAAACUGUAGAGAAGGAGAUGAAACAGUUUAUCAAAGGGCUUAGCUCCGUGCCUGAAUAUAUUUACCAAAAAAAUGUCUCCUUUGAAGAAUUCUUAACCAGAGUCCAAAUCCAAGUGCAGAAAAAUGAAAGCCAUCCAUGGCUAAAUCUCUUCAUUCCAAAAUCAGUGAUUUCAGACUUCGAUUCAGGUGUUUUCAGGGACAUUGUUCUUAAACGAAACAUUACCACAGGACCUGUCCUUUUCUACCCCAUGUUCCGAAACAAAUGGGAUGAUAGGAUGUCCGCAGCCAUACCAGAUGAAGAUAUUUUCUACACUGCAGGCCUUCUAUAUACAAGUGGGAUUAACGAUUGGCAGGUCUAUGAGGAUCAAAACAAAGCAAUAUUAGAAUUCUGUGAUAAAGCUGGUAUCAACGUUAAGCAGUAUCUUCCCAAUCAUGCGACUAAAAAUGAGUGGAUUAAACAUUUUGGCUCGAAAUGGACAGAUUUUGAGCAGAGGAAAGCUUUGUUUGAUCCGAAAAUGAUAUUGUCACCUGGACAGAGAAUUUUCAACAAUAACUAAUUAGCUCUUUUGUAAAUCUCUCUUUCAUAGAUAUUACUUAUGGACAAAAUAAAUGCUGGUUUCUUUUUUGUUUUCUGCUUUGCUCCAGGCAAAAGAUUGGAAAUGAAACUAAGCAAAUCUGCA